UUGUGAGUUGUUGAGUGGGGUGGAUUAUUUGUUUUAGAAAAUCUAAAAAAAUAAUUAGUGCAUAGUUGUCUUUUGAACUCGUGCCCGAUUACUGCGUUAAAUCGUCGUGUGUUCCUUGCAGUUUGUCAGUAGAACUUGUUUUGAUCAUUUACGUCGCUGCUCACGAGUAUUACGACUUACGACGGUGGUGAUUUAGCACAAGUGUUAAAAUGUUCUGUUUUCUUUGAUUGAUUACGAAAACAGUUUUAUUUCGUCAUGUUCCGGAGCAGGAGUUGGUUUGGGGCUUCUUGGGGGCGGCCUAAGAACCCCCAUUCGUUAGAAAGAUUGAAGUAUUUACAUAAUAUUCUUUGUAAGAAUACUACAGUCUCUGAGAGCAAUCGGGGGACUUUAGUGGAGUCCUUGAGGUGUAUAGCGGAAAUAUUGAUAUGGGGAGACCAGAACGACAGCUCAGUCUUCGACUUCUUCUUAGAGAAAAAUAUGCUAUCAUACUUCUUGAAGAUAAUGAGGCAGAAGUGCGGUGGGUCGUCCUACGUCUGUGUACAACUGCUCCAAACUUUGAACAUCCUGUUUGAGAACAUUAGAAACGAAACUUCAUUGUAUUAUCUUCUCAGCAACAACCAUGUCAAUUCCAUAAUAGUUCACAAGUUCGACUUCUCCGACGAGGAAGUGAUGGCGUAUUACAUUUCGUUCCUGAAAACACUCAGCUUGAAACUGAACAAUCAUACUAUUCACUUUUUCUACAAUGAGCACACGAAAGAUUUCCCCCUUUACACAGAAGCGAUUAAGUUCUUCAACCACAACGAGUCAAUGGUGCGCAUAGCGGUGCGCACACUUACGCUCAACGUAUACCGAGUGCAAGACGCGAGCAUGCUACGGUUCAUUAGGGACAGAACCGCAGCCCCAUACUUCAGUAAUUUAGUCUGGUUUAUCGGAAAACAUAUUUUGGAGCUAGACGCGUGUGUCAGAAAUGAUGCUGACCACCAAUCCCAACAGAAACUGGAUGACCUCGUCGCCGAGCAUCUAGACCACUUGCAUUACAUCAACGACAUCCUCUGUCUAAACAUACCUGACUUAAACGACGUCUUAACAGAGCAUUUAUUGCACAAACUGCUUGUGCCUUUGUACAUUUACUCACUGACGUCAGAUCCGUCCAGACGUCCAAACACGUCACCAUACAACCGAGAUCACAUACAAAGCAUAGAAGCGAUCACGAGAAAUUUAGAAGCGAUACUGAAAGGGAAAAACGCAGAAGUAUCUCCCACAAGAAUGACCUUCCCAAGACACAGGAAUGAGUCUGAAGAUGAGGUCAAACCUUCUGUAUCCUGCGUGGUUUCUCUCUUCCUUCUAUCGCAAGUGUUUCUUAUCAUAACGCACGGUCCCAUCGUUCAUGCUUUAGCUUGGAUUAUUCUCCAAUCAGAUAUGUCUGUUUUCGAAGACGGUGCUACGAAAAUCUUAGAAAUGUACAUAAGUAAUGCCAAAUCCAACGUCAAAUUGGAGUUUUCGAAGCCACAGUUAAGCUUGGAAAAAGCUUUAGAAAGCACAUCUGGUCAUGAAAGAGAUUACACGACGCCUGAGUAUGGAGGUCCUAAAGUUUUUGGAUCAGAAGACACUGACCAGUCCAGCUGUGAUUUAGACCCUGAGCUUGUUUCAACCUCGCUGCCGUCCACUUCCCAUAUUAGCGAGACUUCGAGCAUAGCUCACGACUCCACAGAAGAUCUGGUCACCCAAGUACAUUCACUCAAGUCUGAUAUCACUGUGAAGCAAAACAUGCCAGACUCUCCUUUACCUGACUCUGGGAUUGAAUCGAGCUCGUCAAAAACUGAGUUCAAUAAUAUUACUGACGAAGAAAAGCAGAAACUUCUUGCUGUCUCUCAUGCAGCGAAUGAAAAGUUGUCUUUGGAGAAUUUAUUGGAAAACCAAAGUAAAGAGGUGGAAAAGAGACCGUUCCUUAAAACUAUCCUGGACUCUUUGGACUGCAGCGAGAAUGACUAUAAGGCAUUGUUCGCGUUGUGUUUGUUGUUUGCUCUCAUAAACAAUAAGGGAGUGAACACGGAGCUGUUAGACACGCUCUUAUGCCCUGAGGCAGAGGGUUCUUUAUCGAAUGUGCCCAGUACAAGUCAAGAAGCGACAUCUAGCGAGUCCAAGGAAGGAACGCCCACUCCGACUCAUUCGAGGAAGCCAAUGCAAAGUUUCAACGCUUUGCUCAUUUCGAAACUAAUUACGAUAGCGCAUUUGAGUUGUAAGCCUGCCUCAAAAGUCCGCCUAGUGACGCUGGAGCUGAGCGUAACGCUCGUCCGCAUCGCCAUGCGCGGCGCCAGCGGCGUGGUGGGCGCGCGGCACAUCGCCUCCGCCGACAGCCUGCGCGGGCGGGCCGCGGCCCUCGCCAGGAACUUCUACAAGUGCGACGACAUCUUCCUGGACAUGUUCGAGGACGAAUACUGCGAGAUGAGCAAGCGGCCGCUGAACGUGGAAUGGCUGUGCAUGGACGCGGCCAUCUUACUGCCGCCCACUCGCACGCCGAUGUCGGGAAUCGCGUUUGCCAAGAGACUGCCCAGUGGCGAGAUGGAGAGAGCCCGCCGAGCGAUACGAACGUUCUUCCUCAUCCGGGACCUGUACUUGAAACUGACGGGCAAGCCGGAGAACCAGCUGCCUCUCACCAACCCGGCGCCUUUCGUGCAAGUUGGAGACAUUUUGGACCUCAACGAUUCCGACCUCAUAUCCUGCGACAUUAUCCAGAAGGAUGGCACGUGCCACCACCGCUUUUUAGCUGUAGACAACAUCCAGAUUAUACUGGUUGAGCCGGACAAACAGAAGCUUGGUUGGGGUGUGGCUAAACUAGUUGGCAGCCUUCAGGAUUUAGAGAUACAAGGCGACAAAGAAGACCCCCGCUGCCUUCACCUGACUAUCCACAAGCCGCGGGUAGGAGCGAGCGGCGCCUUACCCCGCACGGUGCUGCUACGAGCCAAGUUCAAGUUCGACGACCAUAUACGCAGCAUGGCCGCUAAACAGCGACUGACUAAGGGCCGCACGAAAUCCCGUCAAAAGAAGAUGCAGCAAAUAGGGCGGUUGCUAGAAGUAUCCGGCAUGGCCGCACCGGCUCUGGCGCCGCGACACCGGCCGCUAUUCACGCGCCCAGCCGGCCUCACUGCCAUUAGGAGGUCCACUGGAGGCGACGGCGACGAGCCAGAACGUCGUUUACGCAGACCGAGUGCACACAUGCUCAAAGAUGGCAUAGUAGUGUACCGAGAACGAACCACGAGCCGGGAGAGGUUAGUCCAACAAUUAUCGCCACUAUUCCUCAACUUUAGCAUAUCCCGAAGCAGUAGCACCCACGGGUCGCGGGAAGGCUCGCCUCGGUCGCGCUCUGAAGAAAUCCCUCUAGAAGACAUAAGAAGGAAUGCUGCCAGUACUUCUAGCACGCCUACAGUUUCUAUACCACAAACAUCAUACCAAUCGCAACCCAGUACGUCUGCCCUAGCAAAGACAUCUACCAUCUCAUCGGAAGAAACCUCCUUCAUAUCAGGAGAAGCGCCACGGCCGAAACGGAAAGGAAUCGUCGAAACCAUUUGAUAUUAGCCCACCCACGCUUACUAAGGUAACGCAAUAUGGACUUUAUUAAACAGUGGUAUAGCUGAAAGUGAUUUGAACGUAAGAUAUGAACUGAAAAAGUGCUUCUUAGUGCAACGUUUUGCGAUGAGGACUCUAUGGCGACGGUGAUACAGUCGAAAGUGCUUUGAAUAUUAGAACUUUUUAAACGGUAUAAUCGGACUGAAACUUGUGUAUGUGUAUUGAUAUUUGACAAGUGUUCUAACGAAUUUUGCCAAGCGCUGAUUGCAAUGAGUUGGCGCCAAUUUUGCAAGCCAAUAUUGAACAGUAAAAGAACUGUAAUAUUUUCACUUACCUGUGGCGCCAACUGGUGAAAGCUAGUAUAUUAUAUUAUAUCGUUUGCUUUGAGGUAAAAAGCAUGCAAUUUUAUUCAACUAGUUCGAUUGAUAGCCGCCAUUUGAAAUUCGUGGCUACAUAAAUGUCAUUUAAUAAAUAUUAAGAACUUGAUCAAUUAAAUUGACAUUUAGAAAUACAAUGACAUAGUCGUGAUAACAUUACUAAAAUACUUAUAAAUUAGCGAAAGAGUGUAAUCAUACUUUCUGCUGUUGCGCUAUCAUGAUAGUAAACUUUACACUUUAUUGCUAUUGUAAUAAAGUCGAGUUUCGAAUUUGAAAUAAGGUAAGUAGAUUAAAAAUCUGACAUACCAGUAGCUAACACUGAUCCAUUUUGAUAUUAAAUAGUAUAUUCUGUUGCGAUUGAAAUAAAGUUGACUUUGUAACUGUCUUUUAGUGCUCAUUCACGAGGUACGAAUCCAUGACACUCAAUUCUAAAUAUUGAAGGAUAUAAAUAUAAAAAUGCUCUAUUUUUGACAAUAAAAGCUUGAAUGGGUAUGUUGAUCAAAAGUGUACGUAAUAAAUCGAAAUUCAGAAUAAUUUAAAGUAUUAUGAUUAAUUACAUAUUCAAAAGAUUUGGGUUUCUUUCACUGGAUUGUGUGAUACAUUAUGUAAUGAUCUCAGUAUAUUUUCAAGUAAAUAAUUAAAUAUGUAUCAAUGUUUCAAACAUAAAAGUGUCUUGAAUGAUAUGUAUAAUUAAUCCAUUAAUAUAGUAAUUAAUGUUUUAUCUAGCUACUCACAUAAUCAAUUAUUUUAAUUCUAACUUAUUUUGACACGAAAAUCAAUUUUGUAUAGAUUUUUUAAAUAAUCCUUUUAGUUAUAUUGAAUUUGUCCUCUUUUCUGUAGACAAAUUCAGCAGCCUUCAAUGUUUGUUUAUAAAAUAAAUAAAUAAGUAAAAAUAUCUCAAUUAAAAGUUAUAUAAAUGUACGUAGAUAGAACUAGUAUAAUGGAGAAUAUUUGUUAUAGCUGUAUUUUUUAUAAAAUAAACAAUAUGGAUCUCUCAUUACGUCCGUAUAUUAAAAUUAAAUGUAUUAAAAAGUUUAAGGCGACUUUACUUAUAAAAGUAUUGGUACAAAAUCUAAUAAGUGUAAAAAAUAAGCUGCCAAUAGUGCUUUUAAUUUUGCAAUUCGUUUAGACUAUUUUCAUAACAACCUAUUUUAAUGAUUUUUCAAUAUAUGAAAUUUAUUAUUAUGUUUCGAUGUAAUGAACAGUAAAGUCGUCUAAAAAUAGAAAGAAAUAUUCAAUGGACGUAUUCCAAAUACUAGACAUUUGUUCUUACGAAGAUUUCUAUUUAGGUAGGUAGUGAAAAUAAAUUUGAAGUAUGUAACGACGCUAAUUUGAUCUUUAUUGUACAUUUUUUAAAGUUGAUUAUUCGUUGGUAUGUAUUCACCCAACCGCUUGGAUACGGAGGAGCGUUCAUUUAGGGCAAUAUUGGUUGUUACUAUAAUAAAUGUACCGUUUACGAUAAAACUGAAUUUUGGGAAAAUUCCCCAAAAUUCCUAAAGCAUAGACUACACCGCGAACUAAGCAAAUCAUUAAUAAUUUCGCGUUUGAAAUACAUGAGUACUUAACCGACUUCAUCAAAAGAAGUAGGUUCUCAAUAAUCUGUUGGUAUUUUUUUAAUCAAACAUUUUUUUUUUACUUAAAUUAUUCGUUUAAUUUUGAAAUGAUCUCUAAAUUCCAAUUUAAAACUUGACAAUGGUGAAUUCCUGAUUACAAACAAUUAAAAAAAAUAGACAUAAAAAAGUUUUACUCGUUGUGUAGUCUAAGAUAUAAAAAAGUAAAAACAUGAAAAAUCCCACCAUAUAUUUAAUUGAUUUUAAAUUUUCUUUUCGUUGCAAAUACCAGAGUAAGAAAUAGUGAUAUAAAAGUGUCAAACGUCUAUAACUUAUUUAUCACAUUAGAUUAUGUAUUAUGCAUGGUUGGAAGGGUUAUUCCUCGGAUUAUGUUGUGAUUUUAUUUAAGGUUUGCAAUAAUUAUUCGUGUAAAUAAGUUUAUGUUCGUAAAGAGACAUUAUUGUAGUGUUGAAAUGGAAUAUAUCACAUGUUACAUUUGA